AGUUGCUCGACUUACAGAUCUAGUCCUAUCAUUGCUAGCGACAACUAACUGUGGGUACCGCACUAGUGAGACCAUGAAGACGAGGGCCCUACUGCAAGUCUGUGUGACGUCAGCACUGAUGGCUCUGACGCUGGGAGCUGUUGACGUCAACACGAAGAUCUACGACAUCCACCAGCUGAUGAGAGCAGUGGACCAGCAGUUGGUUGAUUUAUCAAAGCGUACAUGUCAAACCGGAACUGGCUACGUGGAGUUGUGUCCCCUGAAGGACGCCUACUUCUACGACGUGUUGUACUGUCUGCUGGCUCCACUCAAGGGCAAAACUUACCCCAAGACAGUAGAGAUCAAGUUCGCCUCCCCCUUCAUCACCACGCCCACGGCUGUCGUGUUUACAUCCGGGCUCUCCUGGGCCGUGGGGGGCGGGUACCGCCUGGAUGUGGCCGGCGUGACACCCACGGGGAUGACGGUGAAGGUGGACACGGACGUGCUGCUGGCCGUGGGAUCCGUGCAGUUCAACUAUAUAGCCUGCGACACGGAGCUACCGUCCGACCACACCGACCACGGGGCUGGCGUGGAGUAACUCGAUCACGCCGUCACGUUUAUGUCGCGAUUAUGUCACGUUUAGUUC